GACACAUUAAUUAAUAGAUUAAUUUUAAAAGAUUAAACUAUAAAUGCAGAAUAGGUGGAAAUUGUCCACAAAUUCAAGUUCUUGUGUCCAUUGUGCCGUCCAAAGAGAAGACUGAGUCAAAUACACCACAUGAUGAAGUGUGAGUCUUAGAGAAUAUUUGACUAUUUUUGGACAAAAUGGUCUGCCGGCAACAAGUUUUUCAAUCGUUAGCGACUAAAAACUAUUUCCUUUCCAAUAUUCCUUUCUUCCCAUCUCUUAUUGGCAACUAAAUUUCAUUCAAAGAGAGCUAGCAGCUGGAAAAGGGUAAACCAAAAAAUGCAAGAAAAUGGGAAUAUAUUAGCUUAAAAAUUUUGUUUCCUCAGUAAAAGCAAAUUCAUCCUUGCUUUGUUAAGAUGAGAAAUGGGAAUUUGGCGGCGGAGCCACCAUCAGUAUUGGAGGCAUAUUCAUCACCACCACCUCAAGGGUCCAAUUCUGCAGCUCCUUCAAAGCAUAAACAUGUAUUGGGAGCUCUUAUCAUUAGCAUUGUAGUAUCCAUGGUGGCUGCUUCAUUAUGCUUAUUUUUCAGGAGAAGGCUCUGUCCACUUUUUAGACAAUAUUGGAAGCAUAAAGGAAGUUUGAAAGAUGAGGGAUUAUCAUUAAGGUGUUUCCAAGUGGAAGAGUUGGAAAAGGCUACCAAUAAUUUCAGUGAAGAGUGCCUAGUGGGAUCUGGUGCAUUUGGCAAUGUUUACAAAGGGAACUUUGAAGUAGAAGGUACUCUAGCAAUCAAGAGAGCUCAUGCUGAUUCAUUCCAAAGUGUUGAAGAAUUUAGAAAUGAAGUGAGGCUGCUUUCUAAAGUCAAGCACAGGAACCUUGUAAGUUUGGUGGGAUUUUGUGAAGAAACUGGAGGCAAAAGGGCAAAAGUAUUGGUAUACGAGUAUGUUCCAAAUGGUUCUCUGCUGGAGUACAUUAUAGGAAAACGUAGGAGAAGCCUAACUUGGAGGCAAAGAGUAAACGUAGCUAUUGGAGCAGCGAAAGGAAUAGCUCAUUUGCAUGACGGGGUCAAGCCUAGCAUAAUCCAUCGCGAUGUAAAACCAAGUAACAUAUUAGUAGGAGAGGAUUUUGAAGCUAAAGUUUCUGAUUUUGGACUGGUGAAACUGGGGCCUAUUGGAGAUCAAUCUCAUGUUAGCAGCCAGAUUAAAGGGACGCCAGGAUACCUUGAUCCUGCUUAUUGUUCCAGCUUUCACUUGAGUCCCUUGAGCGAUGUGUAUAGCUUUGGAGUUAUACUUCUGCAACUUGUUUCUGCUAGGCCUGCAGUUGAUUCAAGCAGGAACCAUUCCAACUAUCAUAUAAUUGAAUGGGCAAGGCCUAGCUUAGAGAGGGGAGAUGUAGCAGAAAUAUUAGAUGCAAAUCUUCUAACAGAGCCAUGUAACAUGGAAAUGAUGCUAAAGAUGGGGCAACUUGGUCUAAGAUGUGUAGUGGAAAAUCCCAAAAAGCGUCUUACAAUGACACAGGUGUGGCAAGAGCUAGAACAGGCUUUAUAUGCCACUGAUAGCUUCAUUCCAAGAGAACCUUCUCGAGCAUCAUCUGCUAGUUCUUAUCGAUCCACAGAUCAUGGACCUCGAAGAUCAACGGACUGUGAGUCUUCCCAGAGCUUUGUCAGCAUUGAUGGUGUUGGAUUUCAACGGUUUCGUAUAGAGAUGGAUAGCCUUUCCUUUCAAAGUACAAGCUUGAGGUGUUUUGAGGUUAGUAGUGUCAGCACUGAUAUUGAUAAGAGCAAUUUGAGAGGAAUUAGAGAGGAAAAGGUAAAGAAGGCAUCGGUUGAACAUGUGUGA